CUCCAGUGGCAGGGGGAGUACCAGAAUGGAGGGCACCUGCUGGUACUGCAAGAAGGUCGGGCAUCCUUGGUUCAAGUGCUUCAGCAGGCCGGAGGGAUGGGCACCUCCAGGCAUGAAGCCGCCAAGUGGUGAACGCGCACAAGGUGGCGCUGUGCAAGAUGAAGGUGCACAAGGUAACGCCUAUCCUGGGAUGUAUCUCAUGGUUGAGGAUGUGCAUGGGCAUGAGGGUGAUGUGGGAUCUGUCGGAAAGGUUGUGAUGCACCCUCUCACGCACUGGGUGAUUGAUUCGGGUUGCACCAGUCACAUGACCCCACGGGCAGAUUUGCUUGAUGAGGUAAAACCCCCUGGGAAGAUCAAGUAUGUGGCAGCAGCGUCAGGUGCUUUGCUCCCCGUUAUUGGUGUUGGGAAUGCCAAGGUUAAGGGAGCUAAUGGGGAGCUUGUGGGGCUUGGGAAUGUUCUGCUGGUUAAAGGCUUGUCUGCUAACCUUCUCUCUGUGCGGCGGCUGCAGAAGAGUAAGGCCGAAGUGACCUUUGGACCAACCAGCUGCCGUGCUAAGCUUGGGAAGAAGGUGCUGUGGAGUCUGGAAGAGGAGACCAGCUGCAUCAAGGACCUGUGGCAGCUGCCCAUCAUCCCUUGGAAUGGGAAGACUCCAACAGCAGCAACGGCAGCAGUGGCAAAGGCAACAGCAGGAGGAGAUGCAACUGCACCAACUGAUGGGGUCCUGGAAGCAGUCAAGAAAGUGCAGAAGCAGCAGACACAUGGCACAAGUAUGGACCUGAAGGGGAGCUGACCCGCUACAAGUCUAGGCUUGUGGCACGGGGGUUUCAGCAGACAAAAGGGAAGGACUAUGAUGAGGUGUUUGCUCCUGUGGGGAAAGGAACAACACUGAGGGUGCUGUUAGCGAUAGCUGCACUCCUGGGAUGGAAGAUACGGCAGAUGGACAUUGUGACUGCUUUUCUGAAUGGGAUCAUUAUGGAGGAGGUGUACAUGAAGCAGCCAGAGGGGCUGGAUGAUGGGAGCGGCAGGGUCUGCAGGCUGAAGAAGGCCAUCUAUGGCCUUA